AGCUCAAGAUCAGGCAAGUCAUUCAGGUACCGCUGGAAAGUAGAAUCUCAGAUCAUGGCCCGAUCUCGCGCCAGCGUCCCAGCCAUGCUCAUUGGCCUUUUGGCAUUCCUCUUCAUCGGAAAUGCCUUUGUGGCUGCGCCACGUCAAUCUGAUUCGCUGCGGGGGGCACAAAUGAUCACAGCUGGAGCAGCAGCUGGAGCACUCCCGCAGGUGGCAAUGGCUAUGGACAACUUGGACAUGGACAGCUCUUCACUCAACCUGGCUGCACCCCUUGAAACAGUCAUGCUGGGUAUUGUGCUGGGAACUGUUCCCAUCACUGUCUUCGGCCUGCUGGUUUCUGCUUGGCUCCAGUUCAAGAAGGGUCCUACACUGGGAAUCUGAGAGCUGCCGCUGUCUUGAUCAAAUUUUCCUGUCCCAAACGUGAGAUUAAAGGCUUGCUUGGAGAGGGAAAA